AAUCAAUAUAAGACGACGCGUGAACGAUACCUGCAAGUCGCUAGAACUCAGCGCUGGCCUUUAGCUAUAGUAACGUUUUAUCUUUUCACACCUUCGCAUGUGCAAAUUUUAGAUCGAACGCGAAAUAUACAGUACUAUUUUGUAUUAGAACGAACGCGAAACUCACAAAAACACGGUUAUUAAAUUGUUUGAAAUUGUUUUACGAUUUCAAAUUUAACGCUCUCCAUAAGUUUAAGGAUUUAUAAUUUUCAAAGAUGCAUAUACGAGUGAUUGUAUCCAUAUUUGUUGCGUUUGUGCUGAUUGUUGUCAAUUUUUGUGCUACAACUGAGGCGAGAAAAGUGAUCUUCUAUAAUCAACAGCCCUCUGUGCAGAAAAGUCAGUUGCUUUCGACGCAGAUAAUGUCGCAACCAUGUCCAAGGGGCAAAAUGCGAGAUCAUCGCAAUCGGUGUAGACGUGCCGUUAUAUUUAGUAGAAAACAAAAAUAAAAGCCGCACGGUAUACACUCAUUGUCGAUUAGCAUGCUUGGAAUCAUUGCCAGUGAGUGUUAUCAUAUCGAAUUCAUCGAAUGGAACUGUUAUCACUCAAGAUCCCAUGCCGCUGCGUUGUCUUUGGCGAAGACAUAAGCCAGUGGACGGCUUUAUUUUAUAAGUUUAUGUUUAUAUUUUAUGUUUUAUGUAUAUGAAAAUUAAACAUAUAUACUUUUUUAUAGUCAAUAAGUAUGUGUCUGUGCGAGUGUGUCAAUAAUUAUUGCUUGUAUUUAUGGUUGUGAAUGUUAGAAAGUAAGAAUUGUAAAAAAAAUAUAGAAGGAGCAUUGUAAUAAAAUAUUUUUGUACGGUAUGUGUCAAGUAAACCACUACAAACGUAUGCAUAUACAAUUCGAUAUAUAUAAAUUUCUGUUAAAGUACAAUUAAUCGUUUUUUUUAAUUUUUGAUUAUUCUGUAACACGUAAUAAUAGAAUAAGCAAGACAUAUGAACGAUUACUUACAACUAUUUAUAGUGUAAUAAAU